GAGAAAGUGUGCCUCUCCCAGCCUCACCUGGAUAAACUCAUAUCUAGUGUUAGAAGCAGCUCAGCAUGGAGGCGCUGAAGUAUCUGACACUUUUCCUGCUGCUGGCAGUGUUUGCAGAGAGGAUGGAAGCACAGGUGGCAGGAAACACCACUUCCUGCCCUGAAGUAAGAGAUGGCAUCCUUGGAAUUUGUGGUAGGGAAUGCACAGCGGAAACAGACUGUGAACAGGGAUGGAAGUGCUGCCCAAACGCCUGCGGAAAAUUCUCGUGUAUGAAUCCAGUAAGAGAAGCAAGAGGACAGCGUAUUAAAGAAUGAUGUUUCCUGAUGCAGACCCUAAGGGAAGAAAGCGUUUGCAAUAAAUAAACCUAUACUAAUAAUGUC